UAAAAAAACAUUUCUUCAUUCAACAUACUUUAAAUAUAAUGAAUCAUUUAAUCCAAUCAUAAAUAUGAAGCGACCCAUUUUUAGACAUCCAAAAUGUUUUAAGUUGUGAUCUAAUCUAUGCCAAAAACAAUAGAAGUUGGUAACCCAAAAACCGACCUUCAUACUAUUCCACAGCCAGCUAAACCACACAACAAUUGACAAUUUAAUAAAUCUUAGCUUCUAACUAAAUGAAGAACCCGUUGUGACAUAAUACAAGUAGGAAUAGUUAGGUUACCAAUUAAUCCAACAUUUUUGUCCUCUUUCUUCAUCUCCCCCGCUACAAAAAGCCACAUAUUUCUCCUCUAACUUCACCAAAUCAAUCAAAACAGUCGUAUCCCACUUCGGAUAUCACUACUUCCCAAUCACUUCUCACACAAAUCCAAACAACUUUUAUUCCAAAUUUCCAAUGGCACGAAAGUUUGAGAUGUCUCUAGUCCUUGUCCUAGCGACCAUGUUCUUGGCAAGGGCAGCAGCACAGUCCAGUUGCACAAACGUGAUCAUCAGCAUGUCACCCUGCCUAAGUUACAUCACUGGAAACUCCUCAACCCCUUCUUCCCAAUGCUGCUCGCAGCUAGCUAGCGUUGUUGCUUCCUCCCCACAGUGCUUGUGUGAGGUUCUUAACGGCGGUGGAUCAUCCCUGGGGGUCAACGUGAAUCGGACUCAGGCUCUGGCAUUGCCUGGUGCUUGCAAUGUCCAGACUCCACCACUCAGCCAGUGUAACGCCGGUUCUCCAGCUGACUCACCAACAGGAGCAGCGGACUCUCCAAAUAGUCCUUCAGGAACCGGAUCAAAAAAUGUACCAUCGACUCAAGGUGGCUCGUCGGCCGGCAACUCCGUCAAGAUGUCUACCACGACUCAACUCUUUCUUCUCUUGGCUGCGGCAUAUGCUAUCUUUACAAUGUGCUAAUUUUUCUUUUCUGUCGGCCAAACAUUUCGAGUUACGCAUAAUACUGUUUGUGAUUGUUAACGUAUUCGAUUAUUAUUUUGAAUUCAGUUGUUAGAUUAUUGA